GAUGAAGCAGGAAUCCCAGGUAUACUAGUUGGAGUUUCUGUAGAUGGAAGGGAAGUCUGGUCAGAAGGUUUGGGUUAUGCUGAUGUAGAGAAUCGUGUAGUAUGUAAGCCAGAGACGAUCAUGCGAAUUGCUAGUAUUAGCAAGUGUCUUACAAUGAUGGCUGUUGCUAAAUUGUGGGAAGAGGGCAAACUGGAUUUAGAUGCACCCGUGCAGAAAUAUGUCCCUGAAUUUCCAGAAAAAGUCUACAAGGGUGAAAAGGUCGCUAUUACUACAAGACUCUUAGUUUCACACUUGAGUGGGAUUCGUCACUAUGAGAAAGAUAUUACAAAAGUAAAGGAAGAAAAAGAAAAGGCAAACAGAGCAUGUAAACUAACAAAACCCGAUCAGGAUAAAGAACAAAAAGAAAAAGAAGGCAAAGGAAUUGAAAAGACUGAUCCUGUCAAACCAAGGAAAGAACACGAAGGUGAGGUAAAAAGCCGAAAUUCAAAACCAGGCAGGAGAGACAAGGAAUUUGAGCAAGAAGAGUAUUAUUUGAAGGAAAAAUUUGAAAGUGUGAUUGAAUCACUGAAGUUAUUUAAAAACGAUCCUUUAUUCUUUAAACCAGGUAGUCAGUUCUUGUAUUCAACGUAUGGGUUUACACUCUUAAGCGCUGUUGUGGAGAGAGUUUCAGGACAAAAAUUUACAGAUUAUAUGCUAAAAAUGUUUCAUGAUUUGGAUAUGCUGUCAACGGUCCUAGAUGACAAUGAAGCAAUGAUAUAUAACAGAGCAAGGUGUUAUGUUUACAACAAAAAGGGACGGCUGGUAAACGCCCCAUAUGUGGACAACUCUUAUAAGUGGGCUGGUGGUGGCUUUCUUUCGUCAGUAGGUGACCUUCUGAAAUUUGGAAAUGCCUUGUUAUACAGUUAUCAAGCCGGACAGUUUAAGAACACUGAUGGCAAACUUCUUCCUGGGUACCUCAAACCAGACACGGUUGCAAUGAUGUGGACCCCAGUGCCAAAAACAGAAGUAUCGUGGGACAGGGAUGGUAAAUACGCAAUGGCUUGGGCUGUAGUAGAGAAAAAACAACAAUGUGGCUGUUGCAGACGGCAGAGACACUAUGCAUCUCAUACGGGUGGUGCAGUGGGGGCAAGUAGUGUCCUCCUAAUUCUUCCUGAAGAGCUGGACUCUGAAGCUAUAGAUACUGGGCUAGUGGCACCACCUAGAGGAGUAAUUGUUAGUAUUAUCUGUAAUAUGCAAUCAGUUUCGCUGAACAGCACUGCCUUAAAGAUUGCAAGGGAAUUUGAUAAAGAAAAAUGGGCACAAUAUAUAGAUUAAAAAAAAAAAAAGAGAUGUGUGUACCUGAACUCACUGUACAGAAACAUGAAAAACAAAUGCAGAAG